GACAUCAGUCUCUAAGUUACAUUGGCAGCCUCCCCCAGCACAGGCAUUUGAGGCCGCCACUCUGUCUUGGUGGUCAUUGCUGGAGCUCUGCCCUGGGUUACAGCUGCUUUUGAGACUGAGCUUUGGGAAAGAACAGGAUGAAGCUCAGCCUGACUCUCUUCCUGACAAUAACUCUGUCUGUGUCUCCAUUUGCUGGAUUCAGCCCUUGCUGUACCAGCUAUUUUACAUGGAUCUGUAAUCGGGACAAAAAGGCAGGCCUUCCUGAAGAGCAGCAUCCAGUUGAGACCAGGGCCUCCAGCUGGCCCUGCUGGUUUGGCUUAAACACCUGUCCUGUCAGAUCUGGGAACAGGAGCCAAGUAGAGGUUCUUCCUCAGGAGCAGCUUCCAUCUGAUACCCAGCACCGUACCUUCAGAUGGCCCUGCUGGCUUGGUCUACCAACCUGCCGUGUAACAACGGAGGAUGGGGACCAAAAGACAGCAUUCCACAAGCAGCAGCUGCGCAUUAAUGCCCAUUGCUGUGCCCACAACUGGCACCGCCGGCCAGGCCUUUCUGAACACCCCAGAUGGAUCCGGUACAGGGUCGGCAAAGUUGUCACUCCAAAGGACCCAAAGCAGCAGUCCCCCAGCCCCAGGCAGAAACUCUUCAGCUUGCACGACACUCUGGGCCACCUCAGGGACAGCUUUGACCGAAGAUCUGUAACCUGGACCCUCGUGGAUAUCUGGAAGCAAAUCUGCAUCCUGAGUCUGCUGUGGAUUUCCCGUGGCCUCUGGAGAAGAGUAAGACAGCUCUGGAGACAGGAACCAGGACAAACAGCCUCAGCCUCUAUAAGAACAGAGCACUGGGGAAAGGAGAACAUCAAUGCUUCUGACCUGCUCCACCUCAUGGAGGCUGAAAUAGACAUAAUGGAGAGGCACCUGAGGACCCUCCUCCAGUCCCAGCGGGAAGCACGCAGGUGCCAGCGAGAGAGGAAGGCAGAGCAAGACGGAGGGAAAGGGAAGAAUCCCUCGGCAUACUCCACAUUCAAUGCUGAUUGAAGUGCUCAUUUGCGGGAGCAACGCUUGGAAUCAAGAGACAACGCAACACGAGUUAGCAGCAAGAUUCAAUGUUUACUAAGGUAGCUUAUUGAUAAUAAAUAUGACAGCAAUCUACAAUU